AUGGCGGCCGUCAAUCAAAAUAUGUUUGGUGCCAGUAUCACCACCGAUCGGCCCGGUGGUGGCUUGUUAAUGAGGCUGCCACUGAAUCUGAUCGUGCAAAUCGUCUCGCAUGUCGACGAUACUGGCGAUCUUGCCCGGCUAUGCCGCACAUGUCGCGUUCUCAACUACAUGGCCCUGCCACAGCUUUAUCGCAGCCUGACCCUCAAUUCCUACGGUAAAAUCCGUUAUCGCAAUGAACAACCAGAAGGAAUCGGAAGCGCCAGUCCCUUCACGAUGGGUCUGAAUGCAAUCAUCACCCGACCAUAUGCGACGCUCGUUCGAUCGAUAACACUCCGGGGAGACUGGAAGGAAAGAGAACUGGAGGAGCAUUCCCAGGUUGGCCGCGUGCCCGACUCGUCGAUGUUGCUGAACAUCGCGGUGCGGGCGGCAGUAGAUCGCAUGACCAACCUCGAGAGCUUCCACUGGGAACUCAAUACCAAAAUGCUGGACACUGUAUAUCAUGGACUUACGCAGCUUCCUCGACUCACGACAUUAACGAUCCGCUUCCCCUCUACUCGCCACCCUCAACCCACAUUCGUGCUUCCGGGCAUGCCGCAUUUGCGAUCUCUCAAAAUCACUGAUAUCGACCCGCUCUGCUACCCCGAUGACAUAGCGACAAUGCUCCUCAAGAGCAAAAAGCUACGCGAACUCAAGCUCCAUUGGUCUCCUCGUAUGCGCAUCGCGCAAGAGCCCAGCGUGUCCCUGCACGAAUAUUUCCGCAAAUGCAUCGCAGCAAAACACCCCAUACCCGUCAAGAAGCUUUCCUUCCAGAAUAUGUAUGCUUUCCACACCGAGGAAUUCAAUGUCGCAUUUGAUCCGACCACUGUCGAGGAUGUCACCUUCCUGAGCGGCACGGAUAAUACAGGCUUCGUCAACACAUUUAUCGAGAAUAGUUGGCCAACGAUGAUGCCCCAUAAAAAACUGCAGAUCAAAUCCAUUCGUGUGGAUGCGGUCUCCAAGCGCAACUCGGAAUUCCUGGGCAAUUUCAGAGGACUCGAGCGACUAUACUUCGUGAACGUGACUGCAGAUUCAAGCGACUACCUCAAUUCUCCUCGCCCGGGAUUCGGGCCUGCCUCAUCAGCACUCACACCCCCAGUGCAUGAAAUUCCAAAUGGCGUCAUGGGAAAUUCGCCCGCCGCAGCAUCGCCGGCUAGUCAGCUGAACCUGGCCACCAGCGUUCGUGAUAGCUAUCUAUCCCACAUUACCACAAACCACGGCGCCAGUCUACGCCAUUUACUUCUGUGUUCCAAAUGGCCUCUUUCAACAGCCAUGAUUGCAAGACUUGUCCACUCCUGUCCGAACUUGGAGCAACUCGCUCUCGCCACGGAAUUUUCAAGUAUGGAGUCACUGGGGAUGCUGGUACCCUUCCUUCGCAAACUGGUAGCCCUUCGCUUGUUGAUACCCGCGGGCUCCGCAUCACCGCAAGGCGGUAUGAAUGGCACUGCCCCGAAUUCAGCCACAUCCCAUACACUCAGUGGCGAUAGCGCCGCAAAAUUCCCAAAGCUUGCCAAAAGUCUUACAUUCUCAGAACAACAGCAACCGCAUAAAUUUACCAAAGAGAUCGAGCGGGAGCUCGAAAACGCCCGUAGCCUGGCAGACAUCGUUGAUCUGGACGAUGACAUGCUCAUGGAGAUGAUGAGCUAUGAUCUGGCUGACAAGAAUGUCUAUGGAAAUGUCAAGGUCGUCGGUAUGGGAUGGAAGUCAUUCGAGCUACGCGAUUUCUAUAAGGCGCCCUUACCGGUUUACGAUGAUUCUGAAUCCCAGUCGCCCGACCCUACCUCCGACCAGCACGAAGCAACGUCAGAAGAAAGUGGUGGUCACGAUACCAACGGACAAUCCGGCGCCGACACAACUUCCACCCCUGCCACAAAUAUCCCUGCGUCAACAUUAGGCAAGCGUAAUCGGGAUGAUGACGACGAAAGCGAAAGCAGAAGCCGGAUGUCCCUUUAUCAUACUACUACCCGCGAAUCAUCCGAGAGCACUCACCCCGGUUUCGUAAAGACGGGUUGCUUUCCUCCCGUCCUAACAAAUGACGGACAAGUUAGCCGGCGACGCAUGAGACGAGUUGGAUGGGAGGUGUUACAACACUGGGAGAUUUGGGCACUGGACGCGCAAGAAAUUUGA